AUGAGCUCAACUUCUCCAUCUCCAACCCCCCAGUCGAUACCUGAUUCAGAUUCCGUUUUGGGCGACGACGAAAUCGCCUACUUCGAAGACCUGGUGUCUGAACACUCAGACCACGACUCAAACCCCUCCGAUCGACUUGGCCCACGCUCUCCCUCCUACGAUUCAGAAGCCGACGCCCUGCAAGACUGGGACCCGGAAGAUUUAUCAGGCUCUUCACCAGUUGCCUCAACACCUACCGACCCAGACUCACCAUCGGUGCGCGACUCUUCGGCUGAUCCAUUAUUCGGAAAUCCCGACCUAUUUUCUCGUCCCGACUCAUAUCCCCUUUCUCCUGAUUUGGAAGGCGAACUGGAGCUUGCUAUCCUUGCUGAAAUGGACAACCAACUGCCACCUCUCGUAGGACAUCGAGCGCAACCAGCAGGUAACCACGAGGGCAACACGACAGCAUCGAGACAGAAUGCCGGGGAGAAUCCUCAGGGGCCUGAUGUACUGGUCGAUCUAGAGCUCUACUUUCGGCAAGACAGAGCUCGACGCAGAGCGCAGAAUCAACAAAACUCCGCCGACGUUAUCGAUUUGACAAAUGAGCCCGACAGCCCAGUCCAGUCGCAUGCCCCUCGCCCAAGUGUAAACCCUCGACGCCAGAACUCUCAGGGGCGCAAUCCUCCGUCUUUCUCACGUAGCGACAGCAGUAUCCUGGCCGGCAACGCACCGGUUAUUGACCUCACCGAUGACUCGCCAGAGAUACCGCGCCGACGCAGGCCUAACAUGUAUCCGCCUCCUCCGCCUCCCCUUCGAAACCGCGAUCGAAGGGAUCCAGGUGGAUUUAUGCUGCAUAAUACCGCAAGUGCAUUUAGUGGGUUGGCUGCAGGGCUGAGGCGGCAUCUGUAUCCCUUCCGUCUGUUUCCCGCUCCUGAGGAGGACGUUCAGCUGCUCGGCAUCUUGCACAACCGGAUCAGUCCUGGGGACUUGAACAACCCCCUCGGUAAUAUUCAGCUCCAGUACGAGCACGGCGCCUUUGACCGCGCGGAAUCUCCGAAACCAGUCCACCAAGCUCCUCCCCCUGCCAAGCCGGGUUUUACCAGAGACACAGGCGCCGAUCUCGUGGUGAUUUGUCCAGCAUGUAAUGAAGAGCUCGCUUAUGACCCCGACGCUCCAGCAGGCGAAAGUCAGCCUACACGCAGGGGCAAGCGUCAUCGCAGUGAGAACCAUUUCUGGGCACUCAAGUCGUGUGGACACGUCUACUGUGAUGAUUGCUUUGAGAACCGCAAACCAGUCGCCAAGCGUCAGAACACAGGAUUGCCACGUGACCCAGAGGGCAAGAUCAUAUGUGCGGUGGACGGCUGUGGCACGCAAGCCACCAACAAGACGGCCUGGGUUGGUAUCUACCUUUAA